UGUCUGCUAUUUGAGUAUCCCGUUCACACACUCUCAGUUCUAUCGUAAACAACUGGACACAGAUCUCCGCGCUUUGGCGAUGUUCACUGUAGGUGGUCUUUAAAUGAUCGACUUGUUCCGCAGCGAUAAACUAUACAAUCGUUUUACAACUUCUAGCCUAAUUAGAAUUUUUCCUAUUACAAACCAGUUCACGAUUGACAGAAAGCGGCACCCAGACUGAAAACAAGACCGCGUUUCCGUGCGCGGGUUGAAAUAACGUAAAUAAAUAAAUAUAUGGUUUCUGGCUUCAGCAGUGGUCGGUGAGAGAUGCUGCGGCGGCUGCGUUGACAGAGUUGGGAGAAGGGAUUCGCAGAGAAGUGACGGAGCAGCAAGGGGUUUCGGAUCACACUAAUUGCGAUAGACUGUUUUAUGACAGCAAGAUGCACUGACUGCCUGAGGACCGGACUGGGAUAGAAUGCAUCGUUUGCAAGGCGAAAAAUGAAACCAGAUUACACUUUGGUUUUCUUUUAGUUGCAGGCGUUCAGACGCAGUGAUAUUAUUUCGUGGACCUGAGCGGUUAAUGCAACUUUCCAGCUCAGUAUUCCGUGGUGACGGGGGAACCGGGUUUGUUUCACCGGGACUUUUACCAGGAUCAUGUGGAUCCCGACAGAAGAUGAGAAAAUCGGAGUUGUGAUCUGCACCUUUAGAGGGACGGUAACGCAUGGCUUGGCUUUGGAGAUCGGUGAGACAGUCCAGAUCCUGGAGAAAUGUGAAGGAUGGUACAGAGGAUGCUCCACCAGGAAGCCUUCCGUCAAGGGGAUCUUUCCGACCUGCUAUGUACACUUGAAGAAGGCCAUCGUAACUAACAGAGGGCAAUAUGAGACAGUCAUGCCUCUGGAAGACCCCAUUGUGACAGAGGUCACCUGCACCCUCCAAGAGUGGGCCUUGCUGUGGAAGCAGCUCUAUGUGAAACAUAAGGUAGACUUGUUCUACAAGCUUCGUCACGUUAUGAAUGAGCUGUUGGACCUCCGGAGGCAGAUGUUGUCUGGUCACCUGACCCAGGACCAGAUCAAAGACGUGAAGAGACACAUCACUGUCCGUCUGGACUGGGGAAAUGAACACCUAGGUCUUGACCUCGUACCCAGGAAGGAGUUUGAAAUGGUAGAUGCAGACCAGAUCAGUGUCUCAGACUUAUACAAAAUGCAUCUGUCCAGCAGACACAGUGUGCAGCAGAGUACAACCCAGGGCGACAGCAUUCGCAGAGGCCAUGGUGGAGAACCUUGCAGGAUCCCCAUCCCACACCACCUCCUGGUUAGCCUGAAGAGCUUUACCUACAACACCAUUGGAGAAGACACAGACAUCUUCUUCUCUCUUUAUGAUCUCCGGGAGGGGAAACAGAUCAGUGAAAAGUUCAUGGUAAGACUAAACAAGAAUGGAGGUCCCAAGAAUCCAGAAAAGGUUGAUCGUUUGUGUGCUCUCUUCACGGAUCUAAGCAAUAAGGACAUGAAGCGGGAUCUGUACAUUGUCUCACAAGUCAUCAGAACUGGUCGGAUGCUGCUGAAUGACUCUAAGAAGGGCCCUCCCCAUGUCCAGUACAGACGGCCGUAUGGAUGCGCGGUGUUGGCCAUGAGCGACGUCCUACAGACCAUCUCAGAGCUGAAGGAGGAGAAGGACUUUGUACUCAAAGUCUACACUUGUAACAAUGAGAACGAGUGGUACCAGAUCCAUGAGAACAUCAUUAGGAAGUCCAGCACUAAGUACACAGCUCCCAGCACCAACUAUGGUCUGAUAAUUUCUCUGCAGCUGCUGAGAGGAGAGAUGGAGCAGUUAAGACGUGAAAACCCCAUGAUUUUCAACAGGGGCGUGGCUAUGACACGCAAGCUGGGCUUCCCUGAUGUGAUAAUGCCAGGUGAUAUCCGUAACGAUCUGUAUCUCACGCUGGAGAGAGGAGAUUUUGAGAGGGGAGGGAAAAGUGUCCAGAAGAACAUUGAAGUGACUGUCUACGUGCUCUACGCAGAUGGAGAGACACUCAAGGACUGUUUCAGCCUUGGCAGUGGUGAACCCAACAUCAGUGAGCAUCGCUCCUUUGUACUGUACCACAACAACAGCCCUCGCUGGAGCGAGGUGGUUAAACUGCCCAUCCCUAUCGACCGAUUCAGAGGGUCCCAUCUACGCUUUGAGUUCAGACACUGUUCUACCAAAGACAAGGGGGAGAAGAAGUUGUUUGGUUUUUCCUUCACACCUCUGAUGAGAGAUGAUGGGACCACCCUGUCAGAUGAGAGCCAUGAGCUCUAUGUUUACAAGUGUGAUGAAAACACCACCUUUAGUAACCACGCCCUUUACCUGGGUCUGCCGUGCUGUAAGGAUGACUUCAACAGCUGCACCAACAUCCCCUCCAGUCUCAUCUUCCAGCGCAGCACCAAGGAGACUCUCUGGAUCUCAACACAACUGUCCUCUACCAAGCUCACACAGAAUGUGGACCUGCUGGCGCUGUUGAAGUGGAAGGCCCACCCCGACCGAGUGACAGACAUCCUGGGGAGACUACGUCAUGUCAAUGGAGAGGAGAUCGUCAAGUUUCUCCAAGACAUCUUAGACACGCUGUUUUCUAUCCUCGAUGACAACACUGAUAAGUACGGCCCUCUGGUGUUCCAGUCACUGGUGUUCAUCAUCAAUCUCCUCAGGGACAGCAAGUAUUAUCAUUUCCGACCCGUCAUGGACACUUACAUCCAGAAGCACUUUGCCGGAGCACUGGCUUAUAAAGAGUUGAUCCGCUGUCUGAAAUGGUACAUGGACCGCUCUGCAGAGGUUGUACGACAAGACCACAUUCAGGAGGCCAUGAGGGCUCUGGAAUAUCUCUUUAAGUUCAUUGUCCAGUCUCGCAUCCUGUACUCCCGCGCUACCUGUGGAAUGGAAGAGGAGCAGUUCAGAGUCAGCAUCCAGGAACUCUUCCUGUCCAUCCGCUUUGUCCUCAGUCUGGACAGCCGCAGCUCAGAGACUCUCAUCUUCACACAGACCACUCAGGGCCCCCAGGUUACCUCAGGACUGGGUCAGGCCUCAGGCCCCAUCAGCUGUACUCAAGCCUGGAGCACCAAUGCUCCUCGCCCCUCACCUCUCUCAGCUGCGCUGCUGAACUCGUUCCCGGCCAUCUUUGACGAGCUGCUCCAGAUGUUCACGGCCCAGGAGGUGGCAGAGUUUGUCCGGGGAACAUUGGGCAGCAUGCCGAGUACAGUUCACAUUGGUCAGUCCAUGGACGUGGUCAAACUGCAGUCCAUCGCUCGGACUGUCGACAGCCGCCUGUUCUCCUUCCCUGAUUCUCGUAGGACUCUUCUCCCUGUGGUGCUUCAUCACAUCCACCUCCACCUGAGACAGCAGAAAGAACUUCUCAUCUGCUCUGGGAUCCUUAGCAGUAUUUUCUCCAUUAUCAAGAGCAGCUCUAUGGACACAUCUGUACAGGAGGAGGUUGAGAUGAUGGUGGAAUCCCUCCUGGAUGUGCUUCUCCAGACACUGUUAGCUAUCAUGAGCCGGUCCCAGUCCCAGGAGGCGGUAAGAGGCCAGCGAUGCCCACAGUGCACGGCUGAGAUCACUGGAGAGUAUGUGUCCUGCCUUCUGUCCCUGUUGCGUCAGAUGUCUGACAUCCACUUUCAAAAUCUACUGGACAACUUCCAGAGCAAGGAGGAGCUCAAGGAGUUCCUUCUGAAGAUCUUCUGUGUGUUUCGUAACCUGAUGAAGCUCAGUAUCUUCCCCAGAGACUGGAAUGUCAUGAGGCUCCUGACUAGCAACAUCAUAGUAACAACAGCUCAGUAUUUGUCUCCUGCUCUGUACAAGAACUUCACUGAGGCUGACUUUGAUUUCAAGGUGUGGAACUCGUAUUUCAGUUUGGCUGUUCUCUACAUCAACCAGCCCAGCCUGCAGCUGGAGACCAUCACCCCAGCCAAGAGGAAGAAAGUGUUGGACAAGUACGGAGACAUGAGGGUGAUGAUGGCUUAUGAGCUGUUCAGUAUGUGGCAGAACCUGGGUGAGAACAAGGUCCACUUCAUCCCCGGCAUGAUCGGACCCUUCCUGGGAGUGACCCUGGUGCCGCAGACAGAGGUCAGGAACAUAAUGAUCCCCAUCUUCCACGACAUGAUGGACUGGGAGCAGAGGAAGAACGGCAACUUCAAACAGGUGGAGGCAGAGCUCAUCGACAAGCUGGACAGUCUGGUGUCAGAGGGGAAAGGAGACGAGAACUAUCGUGAGCUCUUCAGCCUGCUAACCCAGCUCUUUGGGCCUUACCCCAGUUUGCUGGAGAAGAUUGAACAGGAGACCUGGAGAGAAACAGGGACCUCCUUUGUCACGUCAGUCACUCGCCUCAUGGAACGCCUGUUGGACUACCGGGACUGUAUGAAAGGUGAUGAGACAGAAAACAAGAAGAUUGGCUGUACUGUCAACCUUUUGAACUUCUACAAGUCAGAGAUCAACAAGGAGGAGAUGUACAUCCGCUACAUCCACAAGCUGUGUGACAUGCAUCUCCAGGCUGAGAACUACACUGAGGCUGCGUUCACCCUGCUUCUGUACUGGGAGCUGCUACACUGGGAGGAAAGGCCUCUGAGAGACUUCCUCCACUACCCGGCUCAGAGCCAGUGGCAUCGCAAGGAAGGUCUCUGUCGCAAGGUUAUCCACUACUUCAACAAGGGCAAGUGCUGGGAGUAUGGGAUACCACUGUGCCGGGAGCUGGCCUUCCAGUAUGAGACUUUGUAUGACUACCAGAGCCUCAGCUGGAUAAGGAAAAUGGAGGCUGCAUACUAUGACAACAUCAUGGAGCAACAGCGUCUGGAGCCGGAGUUCUUCAGGGUGGGAUUCUACGGACGCAAGUUCCCCUUCUUCCUCAGAAACAAGGAGUUUGUGUGCCGCGGUCAUGACUACGAGAGGCUCGAGGCCUUCCAGCAAAGGAUGCUGGGGGAAUUCCCACAAGCCAUUGCCAUGCAGCACCCCAACCAACCAGACGAGGCAAUCUUACAAUGUGAUGCUCAGUACCUUCAGAUCUAUGCCGUGACGCCAGUUCCAGAGAACAUCAACGUUCUACAGAUGGACCGGGUUCCCGACCGAAUCAAGAGCUUCUACCGGGUCAAUAAUGUGCGCCGCUUCCGUUACGACCGUCCGUUCCACAAAGGCUCCAAAGACAGAGAGAAUGAGUUCAAGAGCUUGUGGAUCGAACGCACCACUCUGAUCCUGACCCAUCCUCUUCCUGGGAUAUCACGUUGGUUUGAGGUGGAGAAGAGGGAGCUGGUGGAGGUGAGUCCUCUGGAGAAUGCCAUCUAUGUGGUGGAGAAUAAGAACCAUGAACUACGAACCCUGAUCAGCCAGUACCAGCACAAACAGCUCCAUGGCAACAUCAACCUGCUGUCCAUGUGUCUGAACGGCGUAAUCGAUGCUGCUGUCAAUGGGGGCAUCGCCAGAUACCAGGAGGCCUUCUUCGAUAAAGACUACAUCAGCAGUCACCCCGAAGACACAGAGAAGAUCACUGCACUCAAAGACCUCAUGCAAGAACAGCUCCACAUCCUGGGGGUGGGGCUUGCGGUCCAUGACAAGCUGGUGCAUCCUGAAAUGCGUCCUCUGCACAAGAAACUGAUAGAUCAGUUCCAGGUGAUGAGGAGCAGCCUCUAUGGGCUGCCAGGUCUGGACAAGCUGAGUCCUGCCUGUUCUGGGACCAGCACGCCUAGAGGCAUUCUGGCAUCACACAGUCCCAUGAGCCCAGAGAGCUUCAAACUUGUGCACAGACACAGCCCCCUGAACCUGCUGGGGUCCAUCCGCCACUCGUCUUCCUCACUGUCCUCUCACACCUCCAGCGAGACGGGCAACCUGGUGAUCCUGACGGACGGUGUGGCGAUGGAACACCCCGAAGACAUCUACCGCAUGCAGGUCUGUUUCCACGCCAACGCAGCCCCUGCUGUAGCAAUGCCCAGUCCUUCAUCCUCCAGCCUUAGCUCCACCCACUCAGCUCCAUCCCAGAUGAUGAACUCCGCCCCCAACAGCAUCAGAGUAGGUUCCCCGUCACUGCCAGAAAAAUACAGGCACAACCGUGAGAUGUUAAUGCUGCUACCUCCACAUCGUGAGAGACCCAGCUCUGCCAUGUACCCCAACAUCACUGAAAAUGGACAGAUGCAGCCAACCAACUUCCAGCGAGCAUUGUUCCAUCAGGUGAUUGGUCCAUGUAAGCCAUGCAGUGACCCCAACCUCUCGGUUGCAGAGAAAGUCCUAACUACCCCCAGUAGUUGGAGUCUGGACAGUGGAACCAGGGAGGCGUUGCCGUUCCUGUCUGGCCAUGUUGGGAGUGUUAUGGCUCCCCCGGUCCCCCCUCGCAGCAUCCCACAUGGACACUUCUCGAUGCACUUUGAUGCUUUCCACCACCAGAUCAGCGACCUCCCUCCAGCUCUCCCUGCGCGUUCCUCUGUACGAAAGUCUCCUUUGCAGGCUAUUCCUGCCUCGCCCACCAGUCCCCAGUCCCAGUCCGGUCUGGAUGGCAGUAACUCCACCCUCUCAGGCAGCGCCUCUUCCGGCGUCUCCUCCCUGAGCGAGAGCAACUUCAUGAGCCAGUCCAUCGAGCCUCCUGGACACGCCCCCAGAUACUCUGACGCCCUUGACUCUGCCUCCAUCACCCCGGGCGUGGUGCACUCUGCCUGGGCCGGAGAUGGAGAGGACCUGGGGAUGCACUCUCCCUCUGGUUCCUACCUGCCUGUACGCUACAGCGUCUCAGAGCCUGAGGUGUUGGACGGCUCCAAGCCCCCCCCCUGCCGCAGCCAUUCCGCCCCAGGCGGGGUCACCCCAGGAAUCACUCCAAUCCUGGUUCCUGUCAACCCCGUCCUCCCCGAGGCCCACGCCCUCAACAUCCAGAACUUGCCCCACUACCAGCAGGAGCCCCCACCCGCCCUGCCCCCCAAGCCCUACCUGAGAGAGGGCUGCGCCCCUGAGGACGGCUGUGUGACCCUGGGGCUCGUGCCCCGACCAAUGCCCCGCAAGAUCUCCCAGGUCCUCAUCACAUCCAAGGAGGAUCAGGCCAAGGUGGCGUGGGAGCAUGGCGUCACCGAGGAGUGAAGAGGGAGGCCCCCUGGGGUUCAUUCAGUCUAGGAUGUGGGCUGUUUUGAAUGUUUCAGAUAGAAACAGAAUCAAUAGCACUGCUGCACGAUUUCCUCCUGUUGUGUCUGACAGGCACUCGUGUCUGCUAGAUAUAUUUCUAUCUGAAUGUUCUAUUACGUCACAUCCUCCUGAACAGGCCCUUGGUGUGGGGCCAGUUUUGGGGUCUGGCUAUCUGAGGGGCCCGGGGUGAAAAGCCCCUUGAUCCUCACAGACUGGCCUAAGUGAGUCCUGCUGAGUGCUAGCUGUGCUGUAAGCUUAUUGAUGUAUUUAAAAGCGAUCCAACCAUGUCUGACCAAUGAGGAUUCUGAUUACUGGCAGUUAUGAUAGCAAGGCAGAGCUUCACAUGAUCUGGUUAUUGUCCAGUAUUUUCUUUUGAGUGCUUUUUCUUUCAAACUCUCACAAAGACUAGACAGUAUUGAUCGUCCUUUAUAUAAAUUGUCUUGAUAGUUUGCACAGAUGACGCAAUGAUUUAAAAAAAUAUAUCUUUUUAGAUUUUUUAAGUAAUUAUAUUUUAUUUACAGUUCAGGGCCAAAAUCAUUACAAAUCAUUGCACAAAGAUAAAUCAUGGAUUCUCAAACAAUCACUAACCAUUUAAUAAGUUCAUGAAUUCAAAUCAUUGCACACAGAUACAUAAUGGAUUCUGAAACAAUCACUAAUCAUUUAAUAAGUUCAUAGAUUCAAACCUUGUUAGAUGAUGAUGACCCAUGACCUCUCUUUUAGAUGAGCAGCACUUUAGUACUUAGUUGUAAUGCACCAAAAAACACUUCUAUUCACACCUAUUUUUUAUAUAAAGAAAUGAAGAUGGGUUGAAUAAACUACGGACUCAGAGGGUCAUAUCACACACACUGAACACUUCUAAACGCACAGAAAUGUCACCUAUCAACAGACAAAUAGGUCAGACGGACAGGUCAGACGGACAGGUCAGACGGACAGGUCAGACAGACAGGUCAAGCAGCCUUUAAAGGGUUGCUAUGCAUUAAUGCUGGGGACAUACAUGUUUACUGGGUCUAGUCUAUAAAAGUUGUUCUGAAGAUGUAUCUGCACUCUAAAUAGGCUGUUUAACUCUUUAUUUUGACCAGAUGUAAGGUGUUGGUUGGUUUGAUUUGUAUCCCUUCACAGUAAAAUAUAUUUUUAGAGGAGAUUUAAUCUAUAUGUAUAUUGUUAUGCAUAUAAAUAUAUUGUAUAUUAAUGAUAUGAUGUACUAAUUAAUACCUAUGACAGACAGAAGGGUAAUGACUUGAUAAUAAUUAUGUAACAUAAUUACAUGCAAGACUUGGAGACGGCCUUCACAGACUCUGCCUGAGGAUGGGCACCUGCUCUCUGGCAUGAUGGGCACCUGUUCUCUGGCAUGAUGGGCACCUGUUCUCUGGGAUGAUGAGCACCUGCUCUCUGAGAUGAUGGGCACCUGCUCUCUGAGAUGAUGGGCACCUGCUCUCUGGGAUCAUGGGCACCUGCUCUCUGAGAUGAUGAGCACCUGCUCUCUGGGAUCAUGGGCACCUGCUCUCUGGGAUCAUGGGCACCUGCUCUCUGGGAUCAAGGGCACCUGCUCUCUGAGAUGAUGGGCACCUGCUCUCUGGGAUCAUGGGCACCUGCUCUCUGGGAUCAUGGGCACCUGCUCUCUGGGAUCAUGGGCACCUGCUCUCUGGGAUGAUGGGCACCUGCUCUCUGGGAUCAUGGGCACCUGCUCUCUGGGAUCAUGGGCACCUGCUCUCUAGGAUGAUGGGCACCUGCUCUCUGAGAUGAUGGGCACCUGCUCUCUGAGAUGAUGGGCACCUGCUCUCUGAGAUGAUGGGCACCUGCUCUCUGGGAUCAUGGGCACCUGCUCUCUGGGAUCAUGGGCACCUGCUCUCUGGGAUCAUGGGCACCUGCUCUCUGGGAUCAUGGGCACCUGCUCUCUGGGAUCAUGGGCACCUGCUCUCUAGGAUGAUGGGCACCUGCUCUCUGAGAUGAUGGGCACCUGCUCUCUGAGAUGAUGGGCACCUGCUCUCUGGGAUCAUGGGCACCUGCUCUCUGGGAUGAUGAGCACCUGCUCUCUGGGAUCAUGGGCACCUGCUCUCUGGGAUAAUGAGUCAUUGAAAUUUACUCUGUUUUGAAGGACAACGCUUAUAGGAAAGUGUAUGACUAAUUAUAACAAUUUAGUGUGAUUUGUUUUGGUUUUCCAUGUUUAUUAUGUACUUUAAUGUGUGCAUGUCCAUUUAGUGAAAUAAGUGAUCUAACACUGGCUAACAGCACCCAGUUCUGGAAACCAAGGAGGAAUGGAAGGGAAAUGGAAGAUAUCCUUGUUUCCAAACAUUGACAAAUACCAUUCAGCGCUGAACAUAAUUGUACAGAUGAUUCUGCUUUUUGACUUCUCCUUCAGGAGAAACUGUGAUGACUGUAUCUUCUGCAUCUACCUGCAUAUUUGAUCUGCCUUGUCACAGCUAAUGCGUCAGUGACACAGAUCUUGGAUCAGAUUUAGACUGCUUCCUCAACAUACUGGAUCAGAUUCUGUUCCUCAUCAUUUCUUUACAAAUUGUCAUCCAGGUGUUGUCUUGUAGACCUCUCUCUCUUUGCAUACAGCACACCUUUCUGUGGUUUUGAGUAGCUGACAGGGGGGAUAUGAUCAAAGCCCCUGCUAUAGCCAGCACUCACCAAUACAUGAGCUUCAACAUGUCUAUCCUAUUUGUAGAAUAGAAUAGAUCUGAGGUGUCUCAUAAUGCGAUUGAAUAAACAUAAUGUCUGCCCCAUAAUGCAAUAGUCCAAAACAAAACUAGCUGCAAGAUGGAGUCUGUGAUUGUGUUGGAGAAUGGUUGUGCCUGCAGAUCAUUGGUUAAUAGUCCUUGAUAGUUACAGAGUUCUUAGCUCAGUUAUAGGUUACAGUGGGGGUGUCUUAAAACAACAUCAGACGUAGCGUAGGCCUACAUUUCAAACUGUCUUUGAAAUGCAAGUCGGAUACAAAUCUUGUUCAUGAUAUUAAGGAGCAGUGUUGUAUUUUGAGGAAGGCUAGAAUAUGACAGUGAUAAUUGGCUGAUGGUUGUAUUAUUCUCUGUAGGCCCUGUGGUAAUGAUAUAUUUUUAUGUGGUUUCUUGCAUAACACAACUCAGUAUAAUGCAAUUCAUAGUUAUCUUAAAGGUGCAUAGUGUUAACAAGUACAAAAUCUGUAAGUAUGUGUCAAGCUUUGACGUAAAAACCACUGUUUACAAAUAUUCCUAUGUGAAAAUGUCUAUUGGCUACAGUCUAAGACAGUUACAGUAGUCUAUUGAGUACAGUCUAAGACAGUUACAGUAUUCUAUCGGCUACAGUCUAAGACAGUUACAGUAUUCUAUCGGCUACAGUCUAAGAUAGUUACAGUAGUGUAUCGGCUACAGUCUAAGACAGUUACAGUAGUCUAUUGGCUACAGUCUAAGACAGUUACAGUAGUCUAUCGGCUACAGUCUAAGACAGUUACAGUAUUCUAUCGGCUACAGUCUAAGACAGUUACAGUAGUCUAUUGAGUACAGUCUAAGACAGUUACAGUAUUCUAUCGGCUACAGUCUAAGACAGAGUAGUCAAUAGGCUCUGUGCACAAGCGUAUUGACGAACUUCCGCUUUAGCCAAAUGACAGCAUUUCAUUUUCCGGUUUACUU